AUCGAAGCAUAUCUCAAACUCAAAGUCGUCACAGGCUCACAAAGCAGACGAAGAAGCUCUCAAGAACUAUUACUGAUCAUUUGAUCAAUUUGUUUUGAAGAUUUUGAGAGCAAAGACCCCUACAGGAGGCAAUGACAAGUUCAACGGCGGUGAAUUUGGAGGAUUUUCAGUCGGUAGACCUAAUGAUGGAGCUGCUUCGUCGUAUGAAAUGCUCUACCAAACCUGACAAACGCCUCAUUCUCGUCGGACCCCCUGGAUCUGGUAAAGGCACCCAGUCACCAAUAAUCAAGGAUGAAUACUGUCUAUGCCACCUGGCAACAGGUGAUAUGCUAAGAGCUGCUGUUGCUGCAAAAACCCCUCUUGGAAUCAAAGCAAAAGAGGCUAUGGAGAAUGGACAACUGGUUUCUGAUGACUUAGUAGUGGGGAUAAUUGAUGAAGCUAUCAACGAACCUUCAUGUCAAAAAGGUUUCAUUCUUGAUGGAUUCCCAAGAACAGUGGUCCAGGCAGAAAAGCUUGAUGAGAUGCUUGGAAGGAGAGGGGUGAAAGUUGACAAAGUGCUAAACUUUGCAAUAGAUGAUGCAAUCUUAGAGGAGAGGAUUACUGGCCGUUGGAUCCAUCCUUCAAGUGGUCGGAGUUAUCACUCAAAUUUUGCACCCCCUAAAGUUCCUGGCAUAGACGAUGUGACUGGAGAGCCUUUGAUUCAACGGAAAGAUGACACAGCAGCUGUCCUAAAGUCAAGACUGGAAGCAUUCCAUAAACAGACUGAGCCAGUUAUUGAUUAUUACAAGAAGAAAAACAUUGUUGCAAACCUUCACGCAGAAAAACAGCCACAAGAUGUUACAGCUGAGGUCCAGAGUGCUCUCAUGAGAUGAUAUGCACAAUUCCCAUAUUUUUUUUUUUUUGCUUAGUAUUUGUACGAAUGUGGUUUUGGAAUUGAGUCCUUUCUUUUUUGUCUCACUUUCUUUUAUUUCGGACUAAUCUAUGUUGUAUUAUGAGAACAGUUGUAUGUAGGAACACUACUCUUUUUGA